CCCGCGCACCGUCCUCGUCCUGCGGGACGGAGAGGAGCUGCAGAGGGAACAGGAGGCGGAGUUCAGCGGCAGGACGGCGGCGCUGCCGGACGGAGCGCUGCAGCUGCUCCACGUCGAGCGGAGAGACAGCGGAACAUACAGGUGGUGAUAGUACAGCAGCCUGGGGUCAUGUUGGUGUCAUGUUCAGUCAUGGUGACAUGUUCUGGAGGUUGAUGUGUUUAUUCAUGUGCUAGCAGUUUAUGAUAUGUUCAGGGACAGGUCAGAGGUGUAUGCAUUACCAGCUGAAGAGGCAGAGACCGUGGUGAAUGCCCCGGUCGAGGGCAUGUUUGCAAGGUCCCAGGCCCCGAAGACCAUCCACAGAGACUAGGGAAGACAUUUUGAGUCACCAUUGUUCAGUGUGAUGUGCGAGCGUCUUGGCAUGCACAAGACCAUUACUACACUCUUGCAUCCCCAGAGUGACAGACUUGUGGAACGUUCAACAGAACCUAAGAACCUGCAGAACACCAGCGUAAUUGGGACAUACCGCUCGUGUUCACGGCCUACAGGUCAGCUGUGCAGGAGAUGGCGUUUGGCAGACCACCGGACACACCAGCUGUUCCGCCAGCACCAGAAUAUGCAAGGAGGCUCCAGAAAGAGUCGGCUCGGCAGAAAGCAGGCAUAAGGCAGAAGAGGAACUUUGAUGUAAAAGCCAGGGGAAAGGACUUCAAGUCCGGAUACCAAGGGCCUCAUGUAUCAAUGCUGCGUUCGCACAAAAACAUUGCGUACACUGUUUAUCCCGCACACACCACAUGUAUGAAAAGUGAACUUGCCGUGAUAAUGUGUGGACCGCUCCGACCAUUCGAGGUGGCGUGAGAAUGUGCGGUGGCACUGCAAACUUUUGUUUGGUGGAAAGAACUGUCUUUCAUGCUCUAUUUAAAAUGUGUUUCAUGUCUAAACUCAAACUACACACAACUGGCUUUGUAUUUACAGUUCAUAGCUCUCGGACAAUGGAGGAAAAUGCCAUUUUCCACCCGCAAUAACCCAUUCUAAAUAUGAGGGGAUAGAUGACUUUUUUUAAUCUGUUAUCAUAUUUUAGAUUUAACCUGUGUACUGCUGCUUACUUGUGCAAUAAUAGAAUGUUGAAGACUGUAUGUUUUUUAAGAUUGUAUAUUUUCUUAAGUCUAUAUAUGUUGCUAUUUACACUUUUUUUAUGUACCAAAUUUUGGUUUUAAUGGUAGAAAUGCGGUAAUGCUUUCCCGGCUUAAAUGGGUUAAUGACUGUGUCAAAGUCCUGAUCGCCGAUUGCUUCUCUUUGGUUAAACAUGGAGAUGUUAACGCUGCAGACAAAGUCCUGGAUGUAAGUAGGACCUGAACCAUUAGCAGCGGAGUACGCCAGAGCUAGAGUCUUGAAGCGUAUCCGCGCAGCCACCGGUAGCCAAUGAAGGGAGCUGAGGAGGGGUGUUGUGUGUGAAGGAGGGGUGUUGUGUGUUAACAGCCACAGUGACACUGAUCCCAGAGCUGAUGCACCGAAAAGCUCAUUUUCCUGCCUCCACCUCAGAGAUCACCACGUCCAGCAGUGGCAGCACGUUUGAUUUGUUUUUAAAUAAUCAGCAGGCAUGCCGGUGAUUUAUAGUCAUUUGUCAUCUGCGUAUUGAUUUGUGGGAGGAGCCGGACGUGGUUGGUCGCCCGUGCAUGUGCUCUGAGUUCUACGCUGGUUGGGAUGUAUCAAAGAAAAGGUGCGCAGAACCCGGUGUAGGAACAGUUUGAUACAUGUGGAGGUGUAUCGUCCUGAGGGGACGUCCUGUGGAGGAAGAGCUGUUCGUCUCUCUGCUUGUCGUUCAGGUGUCUCAGGUGUCCCUCUCAGUGAGACGGUCUUCAUCCAAUCAGCUGCUGGUCCUGUGUGAGUCGGGUCCCUGGUCCCUGGAGCCCCGCGUGUCCCUGCUGGACUCUGGUGGUUUGGUCCUGUCGGCGCGGGUCGAGUCGUCACAGCGACCUGACGACCUGCACAACGUCAUCGCGCUGCUCAGCGCCGCUAAAGGAACUCUGACCUGCAGAGCAGAAAUCCCCGGAACCCACAUCAGCAGCAACAUCAGCGUUCAUAUCUCAGACGACUGGGACUCGGAGGACUCGGAGCGACUCGUCUGUGUUUUCGUGUCUCUCUGUUGUCUCCUGCUGUUGUGUGUCUUCGUCGUGCUCGUCUUGUUGCCGCUGACGACCAUCGGGAAGCUGCGAUCAUAUCUGUGGCGCCUCGCAGAUUUCUUCUUUGGGCUGAUUCGUCGGGACGCAGACGGACGGCUUGAUUUCGGGGACAUCCGUCUUGUGAGGGCAUCAGGAGCUUCUGAGGAGACGGCGAGAGCCAACGAGUUGAUCUGCAAAGGAGCUUGUGGUGUCUCUGCAUCUCGUCUUCUGGCUGAAAGUGACCUGAAGCUGCUGCUGAGAUACAAAGACAUGAUCAACAGCGUGGGACAGACCCUCGGCGUGGCGCCCGCUCUGCUCGCUGCUAUCAUGUCUCGCCAGUCCCGGGCCGGUGCCGAGCUGAGGGAGGACGGCUUCGGACGCGUGGACGGAGACUGCUUCGGCCUGAUGCAGAUCAACAGGCGGUACCACCCCUUGAAGGGGGCGCCAUGCAGCAGAGAGCACGUGGACCAGGGCGCCACCUUCCUCAUCCAGAUGAUGAAGGUCAUGAAGAGGACCAAACCAGACUGGGACCAGGAGCAGAAGCUCAAAGGUGCGUUGGCGUGUUACGUGGCGGGUGAGGAUAAGGUUAUUCCUCUGACCUUUGACCUGCUGGACUCGGUGACGCCACACAGAGAUUUCUCCAACGACGUCAUCGCCAGAGCUCAGUGGCUCUCUGACCACUUCUAACAACACUCCUCCUCCUGCUCCCUUUUUUUUUUUAACCUGAAGCAGUGUGUGUCUGGCCACACACAAGCAUGGUCAUACAUUAGACUUGGCUCUUGCUCACUCUACAAAGACUGUGAAUCUUGCAGGGUCACUAUUUACAAGACUACAACUAGAUUUCCUUUAGCAUUUUUUACCUACCAUGCAAUUUUUGUGUGUGCAGUGGUUUGUGUUGAAAAAAAAAACAACAACAAAAAGAAGAGAAGACGCCACAAAAGGCCCCCUCACAAAGCUGAAAAUGGAUUUCUGUUUUUCUGACAUGCAAAGUUGACUAUUUUACAGUAAAAAUAGAUAUAAGGAAGAAUAAAGGAAAGGAAACUGUAGAAAAGAAUUCAUGAUAUACAUUUAUGUCCUAUUUAAUUAUAAUUUGUUUAAUUGAAUAAUUAUACUUAUCAGCUCUAUCAACUUUCAUUUAGUUAAUCACACAUUCAUCAUCAAUUAUUUAUUACUUAUUUAUGUAUACAUUUAUUUAUACAUUUUAACUGGGUCUCCUUACUGUUCCCUUUACUAAGAAACAGCGCCCCCAAAAUCCUGCUUGUGGCUGUAAAUAUAUUACAUCUCUAUAUUUGUAUUUAGGACUGAGUUUACUAACAUUAUUGUGAUGUUACUUUUUCCUGUCGAAGUGGUUUUACUGCCGGUCUGGAACUGCUCAUCUAUUGGUUGUUGAUUGUGUUACGUCACUGCGACUUGCAAACCCGAGACUAGGAAAAGACUGAUAUGAAACAGCGCCGAUUACUACCUUACACUUAACGAUCGGGAUGACGGGAGCGUGCUGUGACUCCAGUAAGACUCCUAGAUUUACUAAAGAUUUUCAGUUUUUAGUCUGGGACUGUGAAAAUCGUUUGGUGUAAGCCCAGCAUUAUUUAGCGUUCAUCUCUUCAUCUUUCUGUGUGCCUGCUAAACGUUGUUCACCUGUCAGGCUCUGUCGUGCUUUUAACCCCCUCACUGCUGGAAACUUCUCUGCUGCCUUCUCUGCGCGCCCCGAUUCAGCCACUGCUGAUACGAAGGAGUUCUGCUCCUGGUUUAACUCCUCCUGACUUUCUAUAAUGGACUGUGGCUCUUUAAAACCCAGGCAGUCUAUGGCUAGAGCUGAACUCUGGUUUAAUGACAGAAACUUGUGCAGCCAGAUGGGAAUGUUGCAGAGCCGAACGCAGGUGGAAGAAGGACGAGCUGCAGAUUCAAUUUCAGAUUUUAAAGGACUGCUGGUGCUCUUAUCAAAACAUUGUAAAGGAAUCCAAAUGAGAGUUUUGUCACUAAAAACUACAAGAACCCCCUUGUACUGUUGAGAACAAGUGACUCUGUCCUGAAUGUCCCACAAUCUGUAUGUUUGGAAACAUCCAUCAAUGUGUGCAAUAGUUUUCUGCACUUUUUUAUUUAGAAAGUUGCUUCCACAAGAGCUCUCAUCCGUCCACUCACCUUUGACCCUUCUGUCUCUGUUCCUUUCCCAGCGAUGUUCAACGCAUUUAAACAUGCGACUGUCAGUUUUAGAGGAUGUGGUGGCCCAUAUGAAACCAUCAGGUUCCCCUCGUGAGGUGGUCCCUCCCCACAAGUUUUCCCUACUCUAGGGCCCUCGGUUCUGACGAUUGUAAAUAGCAGUCUGUCCUCUGGUGUUGUCCCCAUAAGCCUCAAACACGCAAUCAUACAACCCUUGCUGAAGAAGCCUGGCCUUGACAGCACUGUUUUAGCAAAUAUCAGGCCCAUCUCCAAGUUGCUGUUUGUCUCCAAAAUCCUGUAGAAAAUAGUCUAUGCAAAACUAAAAACUUUCCUUGAUGAACACAUUAUCAUGGAGGUUUUUCAGUCUUGGUUUUAAAACAUUGCAUAGCAUGGAGACUGUUCUUUUAAAAGUUUUUAAUGAUAUUUUAAUGGCAAAUGAUAAUGUCAACCAUGUUGUUCUUGUGCUGCUCGACUUGACUGCUGCCUUUCGUCAAUCACAUUAUCCUGUUAAAACGUCUGCAGCAGCUUGUGGGCAUUGGUGGUAGCGCACUGGAGUGGUAAUGGUCCUACUUAGCGGACAGGACUAUGUGUGUUGGUCUUGGGGCUAGUGAAUCCUCCACCGCUCCGCUCUUAUAUGGGGUCCCACAUGGUUCAACUUUAGGACCUAUGCUUUUCUCCCUUUGCUUGCUGCCCCUAGGGUCUAUCCUUAGAAAACAUGGCGUCUCUUUCCAUUGUUGUUCGCUGACGACAGCUAGAUUUAUGUCCCCCUAAGGAAAAGUGAGACAUUUUCUAUCAAACCCCUGCUGGCCUGUCUUGACGAUGUGAAAGCCUGGAUGGCCCUUAACUUCCUCAAUUUCAGUUCGGAGAAAACAGAGGUGAUUGUGUAUGGCCCUAGUGGCUCCUGCGAAUCCUGCCCUGUCGACAGGGUGGCAAUUUCACAACAGCCAAGACAGCCAUGGCCAUCGUUGCCCCGCACUUUGGCCUUGAUGCCCUGUGAAAAAAUGUUAAAUUUAUGGCCAAGGUGGCCUUUGCGCCCCUGUCAAAGUUCCAGUAUAAACACAACUAGUGACGCAAGGAGGGCUUAUGGAAUUAUACAGCCAUCCUAGUGGUCAAACCCCGACCCACUCUCCGUCGAGACAUGCGCAUCAACACAUGGCUCAUUUUAAUAUUCAAAUGAGCCAUGUGUUGAUGCGCAGCACAGGUAAGCUAGCGGGACAAGCUGUUUUGAUAUGUUGUAACUGAACUAUGUGGUAGUAUUUGACAGGACUUAACAUUUACGUUAUUAUAGGAAGUACUAUUGAUAGGUAAUUACCAUUGUAUUAGCCUAUUUAAAGUCGACUCGUUAACGUUACAUUUUUGCGUCAUGAAAACUAGCGAUAGCUAGCUAGUUGGGAUAUCGCUAAUGUCUCCCUACCUCAGGGACAAGGGGUCGACAUGUAGCUGAUGUAAAUUUCACCUCAGCAGGUUCCUUUUUAUGGCAGGAGGAGGCAUUAACUCAGGCAGGAGAUUCAUUUUGCCAUCUUUUCAAAAUAUAUGCAUUUGCCAUCUUUUCAAAACGGGUUCAUUUGUCAUUUUCCAAAAAGGAUCUUUCUAAUAUAUUUAAUAUAUUGUGCACUGCACUGUGUCAGGAGAAAGUGUAUUUCUGAUACUUCUGUGUUUAGGUCACAGUGUUGGCUGUUGUCUUUCUCUACCAGUAUUUGUCUCUACCUUCUCACUUCUAUGGCCAGGCUCUAACACUGUUUCAGCCUCUCUCUCUCUCUCAAUCACAUUAUCUCUCACAUUCUCUCUCUCACACACACACACAUUCUAUUUCUCUCUCUCUCUCUCUCUCUCUCUCCCAUACUACUGUUUUACUUAAAUUAAAACAAAUGUUUUAAUACAUAAUUAAUGUUUCUUGGUGAAUGAGAAUGUUAAGGUAUUAAUCUGAAAGGUAAAACCAGUGUAAUUUAACCAAACGGCCUUUGUGCCCUGUCAUGUGGCCUUUUUGCCCUUAAAUAAAAUGUCAACGGGAAAGCCAAAUGGCCUUGCCCCUAAAAUGACGAAAUUCCAAGCCUGCCUGUCGACUUUCAUCCUUUGGCAGCUUAUACAAAGUCGACUGUCACAAACCUGGGUUUUAAAAUGGACAGUGAUUUUAAACUGGACCGCCAAAUUAGUGCAAUAGUGAAAUCUUAUUUAACACACUCUUUUCAACUAAUUGCCCAAUUGCACAGCCUUAAGAGCGUGCAUAUCACGAAUGCUGGCUUGUUGAUUUUCUGAGAAUCUACUGCACCUACUGGUACCUUGUUUGCCAUGCACCAAUAAAAAUAUACUAAAAACCUGGAUUAAUCUGGUUAGUCACAUUGGACUGCUGUUAUUUUGAACACUACUGUAUGUCUAUAUUUAUAAAUAUAUGUAUAUCUUUUCUUUUUUCUCUUUUUUCCCUGUUACGAUUAAAAUAUAAUCAUAGAUAA